AUGAAUCCACGCGACUCGCGCGUCGUCAGCAUCUACGACAAGUACCUCUACGAUCCAAGAGAUCUUGAGUCAUCCGAUCCCCGUCGUCGUGAGCUCGCGCGCAAGGCGAGUCAACUCAAACUUCACGGUCAACCUGCUAACAAUAUGGACGCCAACGGCCUGAGACACGGCGGUCCCCGUACUCAGGUCCCCGCCCAAGGCAAAAGCACGACCAUCUCAAACGCGACCAAAGCUGCCGAUGGUCUCACAACCAGCUCGGCCAACGCUGCCACCUCGAGCAGACGACCAAGCGACGGAGGCGCAUCCGUGCCUCAUCAGGAUCACACUCACGACCGCGAUUCUGGUGCAUUCGGUCUAGGCCUUGGUAUGCUCGGUGGAAGCGACUCAGAGUCCGACUCGGACAGCGACGAUGAUCGCCCCACUCGAAACAAUUCAAGUCUUGACGAGCUACACCGCAGCCAGGAUUCCCAUCGACCCGACAGCUGGACGGACCGCGCAGUUGCCGUCGGUCAUCGUCCUCCCGACAACGCCUCUCAGAACCCGCCUUCGCUGAAACUCAUGGCGCUCAAAUCGGCAAAGCAAUCUGCUCACCUAUCGGGCUCAUCUCACGACGACAGAACGAGCAGGCUAGCCGUCGACAACAACAACUUCGUUGACCGCACUUCACGUCAUGGAAGUACCAUCGGCUUUGCUGGUCCGCCCACGGAUAAUCACGCUCCACCGAAACCGGCCGAUCCCGCUGAUGCAUCCAAAAGGCUCAGCGCUAGGACUGCCCUGACCAAGCAGCUCGGUCUGGUCACCCCAAACCCGGAGCCGACUGGACCGCAAUCCAAUAGAGGUCCUUCGCCCGACCCGCGUGCCGGUCCUCACGACUACUUCGACAGUCGUGCUCCUACCGUCGUCCAAGCCCGCUCGCCACACCGGAAUCCAGGCCCUGCCCCCAUCGACGUUGCUCGCGCUCAGCAGCACGGCUUGAACACCUCACAGUACAGCGCGCACGGUGCGUCCUCGCCUAUGGGCUCCCAACAUGGCUCUGUCUCUACUCCCAACAGCGCCACGCCCCUUCGAUCCCCGGGUUACGGUGCUCCAGGCAUGCCAUCGCCCAACUACCCGCACGGACAGGCUCCGUUGCCGCCAAACAUUCUGCAGCGAGGGCCACCUUCACCAUACGACCAGCGAGGCCCACCACCUCCCGGUGGUCUCGGUGGACCUGGCGUGCCGAGCCAUCCUUCUUCGCUUCAGGCAGCAUCCGGUACGAGGCCUCCUCCUCAGCACAUGCAAGGAGGACCUCGCCCGCAAGAUCGUGGUGGACCUGCGAGCAACAGAGGGCCACCGGGGCCGAGCCGCAACUUUGGUCCUUCCUUCUCGGACGCUCCAGGUCCGUCCAAGCGCCAGUCGAUCUUCCGCCGAUCCAUGGCCAUGUUGGGCGGUGGCGGCCCACAUAUGGGCCCUCCCGGCAACGGUCCUGGUCCCAACGGUGCUGCACAGUCUCAGCCUGGCCAAAAGCGUCGAUCAUUCUUUCGACGAAGCAUGGCCAUGCUCACAGGAAACAAUGGCUCUGCCCAACCACCACAGCAACAGCAGAUGCGGAUGCCCGCUCCAGCCGUUCCUCUCGCUGCGCCUGCGCCGCGCGUGAAAGGCCUGCAGGACGACUAUGAAAAGCCCGACCACCCUCGCAAGUCGCAGUUUCUCGGAGCAGGAGGCGAUGGCGCAGAGUGGGAUACCGACGGCGAAGGUGCCAAAUUCUGGCGUCGCUUCUCCGUCGCGCAGAAAGCCGCUGGCACGCAUAAAGUCGAAGAUGGCAGCAGAGCCUGGAUGGCUUCUAUGGCUAGCGGCAGGAGGAAGCUCAUCGUCAUGGGCUCCAUCGCUCUGGUCAUUCUGGUGGGCAUCAUUGUUGGUGUCAUCGUGUGGAGAGAGAUCAAAUCACCAUCGGGAUCCACCUCGGACGAGCCCACCUCCAUCUACAAAGCCAAUCUCGGAGCAAAGGACAGUCCGGCCGCAUCUUCUUCCACCCAGAGAUCCGCGACUUCUACCACCAGGAAGGCCAAAGCUACGGCGACCGCCACAUCGACAAGCUCGAGCUGGUACUCCAGGUCGGUAUCCGAUGAUGUCAACAAUCAAGAAGAUGUAGCACACUCACGCCGCGCCGUCGCGCACGAGCUCCGUGCGCAGAGGAUGCGAAAGCGUCACUUUGGCCGCGCCGUCGUAGCUGUAUCGCCUCCACAACACGAGCAGCGAGCUUCCCUCGCCGAGCUCGACUGA